CAAAGAUGGCGUCGGUUUCUAACGGGUAAAAAGUAUGCUCAAGUGAAUGAAAACUAAUGUACGAAACUGUAACUAAGAGAAUGUAAGCACACAGACUUAAACGAAGCAUGUUUAUGGAAGUAUUUUGGCAAUUUUCCGAUUUUGUAACAACACAGCGCUUAAUUUUUGAGCUGUGACCGCCAAUUCAUACUACGUCGGAGCUAAUGUUAGCUCGUCACAGCUCUUUUCCUCUCAGGCUCUUUGGUAAGAGUCUGCCAACAUGGCGACUAGGUAGAGGGAACGGUUUGUUUGCAGAGCCAACAAAAUGAGGGUCCUUCGUUUCUGCGCGGGGCUCCGGAGAACAUAUUUGGUUUGGCCAGUGGUGUUCAUCCUCCUGGUUGGCGCAGCCUUGACAGCUCUGCUUCCCCCUGCAGAGGACCAAAGAGGCCUUGACGCCCUGGGAGUGCUACGCAGGGAAACAGAACAGAAAGAGAAUCCUGCACAGGGCAACGAUGGUGACAGAACAGAGGGGGAGCAUGAGUUUACCAUCAUCAUUCAGACAUACAAUCGCACAGACAUUCUGCUCAAACUACUUAACCAUUACCAGGCAGUGCCUCAUCUUCAGCGGAUUAUCAUAGUCUGGAACAACGUUGGGGAGCAGACACCCCUAAAGUUAUGGAACUCCUUGGGGCCUCAUCCGGUCCCUUUGGUCUUCAAGGAGCAGACUAGCAAUCGAAUGCGCAACAGACUACAGUCAUUCCCCGAGAUUGACACUGAUGCUGUGUUGAUGCUGGAUGACGACACUCUGGUCAGUGUCCCUGACAUCAGCUUUGCUUUCUCAGUCUGGAAGCAAUUUCCAGACCAGAUUGUUGGCUUUGUACCCCGAAAACAUGUCUCAACACCAGGAGGAGUGUACAGCUAUGGCAGCUUUGAACUGCAGGAUCCGGAAACAGCGGGAGGUGACAAAUACUCCAUGGUGUUAAUUGGUGCUGCCUUUUUCCACCACCGCUACCUGCAGCUCUUCCAGGACCAACCCCAAGCAGUGCAUGCACUGGUGGACGAAACACAGAACUGUGAUGAUAUUGCCAUGAACUUUGCUAUAGCACAGUAUUUGAAGAAACACUUGAAGUCUAUAGGCAGCGUUAACAAACCCUCCGGGGUCUUUGUCAAACCUGUGGACCUUCGCAACCUGGAAAAGGAUGCCAGCAGUGGGUACCAGGGUAUGUGGCAUCGUCCUGAACACCUUCUUCAGAGGUCCUACUGUCUGAACAGGCUGACGCAGAUUUAUGGCUUCAUGCCACUCUGCUUCUCCAACCUGAUGGUUUCCCAGUUUGGCUUCCCUAGCUAUGCCAACCACAAGAGUAGGGGCUGAAGAUGUGCCUCAUUGCUGACUGUUUUGGAUUGAAAGAAGAAAAACUCAAGUAGCAGUCUGUUUCACCUUGAAAUUAGCAGGACAAUGAUGGACUUUCCUCCUUUGACCAGAGCAAGAAUUGUUACAGAAAUUUCUACCCGUGGCCCAGUCUGACGAAGUGUCCAUAUUUGAUAAGGUAAUCUAUAUUGUUGCCAAAGCUGCCUUUCCUUCAGCAUUCCUUCAACCCUCUAACUGGAUUGUAAUGCAGUUACUUUAUAUUCAGCGGGUGUCAGGCUUAGAUCUGCUUUGCCAGUUUGCCUUGUUUGUAACUUGGAUUUACUACAUUUAUCAUUUUUAUGGAAUGUGUCAUUUUCUGUAGAGCUUGUGUACAGUCCCUUAAACUUAAGAAUAAAUGUUAGAAGAUAUAGGUAUAUAGUUCUUUGCGGAAAAAAAACACUCCCCAGCAGAAUGAGACAGAGAAUUAUUGCAAGUAUUAUGUACAUUUAAACCUAAUCAGUAUGUACAGUACUAUGUAUGCAUGGACAAUCCAUAUUUUAAAAAUAUAUGCACAUUGUUAAACUUGAAGGACUGUAUCAUGUGAUUCAGUUAAAUAAAGCCAACACUAUUUCUCUGA